GCACCUGCCCCGCCGGGCACCUUCCUUGCCCACACGUGCAGGGCUUGGACACCGCCCCACGCCGGGAAAGCCCCGGCGGCCGAGCUGGCGCUGGCGGAUAAAAGGGCGGCGGGCGUCGGGCAGGGCACCGCUCUCCGCCUCUCCCAGCGCCCGCACCAACAUCAUGAGCCGCGUCCUGCUCCUUGCCGCCCUGCUGGCCGCCUGCGCCGCGCUCUGCCGGGGGGCGCCCGUGACCGGCGAGCUGCGCUGCCAGUGCCUGCAGACCGCGUCGGAGCGCCUGGGCCCGCGGCGCCUGGCCCACGUGGAGCUCAUCGCCGAGGGGCCGCACUGCCCCGUGCCCGAAGUCAUCGCCACCCUGAAGGACGGCCGCAAGCUCUGCCUCAACCCCGCGGCGCCCUGGGUCCAGCUCAUCGUCAACAAGAUCCUCCAUCGGACCCAGAAAAACUGAUGAAGAAAAGGUCUAGAUUCCACUGCAAAGGAAACUAGAGUGUUGUGACCCCAGGACUGCAAAAAAAAAAAAAGGCCCAUUUCAGGAAAAAAACUAUAUGUUGCCUUAUAUAUUUUUUUUAUAUUUUCUUAAUAGGACACUAUUUUAUUGUAUGUAUUUAAAGUAUUUUACACUUUAUGGCAGGUGCCUUUUCUAAUGUGGAGACUUAAUACCCAGUACAAUUGGAAAAUAUAAUUUUCUCUUAAUGCAACGGUACAAACAACUGCCUUGUAAGAGCUGUUUUGUGACCCUCGUGAAUCUUUCCAUUGCACAAUUUGGUUAUCAGUCUGCAGAUAUCGGGAAGGGAUGGCUCUCAGCCAUAGAGGAGAGCUUAAGAACUGCUGUGCUAAUGUAUUUGCCGGAAGUGCCACUGUUUCAGCAUAAUAUGUGACAGUGCAGUGUCAAAAUGUGAAAGAUGGAUUUAUUUCAACGGCUUGAGCCACAGGAAGAAAAUGAUAUAUUUAACCAUAACCUAACCCUGGUCAGUUCUGUUCUGCACUCCUUAGAGCCCUGUCUUAAGAAAAGCGUUCCUAGCAAAUACAGGAAAAUUGUACAGCAUGCCAGGACCUUGAUCCUGACUCCAGGGGAGUUUGAACUAGAGCCAAAGGUGAAUCCAGCUGUUCACUUUUAAUGCACUGUCUUUUAUUUAUUUGUUUUUUCUUUUUCUAUCAACCUUCAGUUCAUUCUCCCCAAUUCUAAGGUAUAGGAGUGCUUGAAUGUAGAGGUGUACAUAACUUCUGUCAUUUAAUUCUCCAACCUAUAAAGGAAGCUAAGGUGUGUUGCUCCCUUCAACAUUAGACAUCUUAUGUCUUCUUUGUAUGGCAUAAUGUCAUUUAGUAAAAAUACUGUUCUGCUAACGAAUGAUUGAUUGAUUUAUUGUAAUCCAGAGGCAUGGUAUAGACCACAUGCACAGGUUCCAUUUCCAUGCCUCUUCCUCCUCCCCCCCCCCCCCCCCCCCCCCCCCGCAUUUCCAAUCCAUCAGAAAAUCUACAUUGAAAUAAAAGGAAGUCUAAACAUAUUUUUAAAGGCAAUUUUCUUUUUACUAGUCAAAUCAGAAGUAAAUUAGACUUAGUUUAGACCGUGCCAUUUCUGUUCAUCUUCAUAACAAGCUGCUUCAAAAUACAGGGGAAAAAAUCCAUUCACCUUCAAAGUAGAAUUCACAAUAGUCAUUUGGAAACACAGUUUACAAAUGAAUAGCUACACUUGCAACAAUCUUUCAUUCAAAUUUGUAUUGGGAUCAUAAAAUGCACUUUGUAAUUCAAAAACUUUAAUUGUGUACUGUUCUUAUAGCUUUUUAUUUUUUUAACAAAUAAAUAUUUAUUUA